UACACAAAACGCAUCACACAUACAAAGGCAAAAAGAAAAUAAGCAGGCUGCGUACGAAAAGUUGAGAAAAUUUAAUAAACGCUACCAACGGCAAAUUUGUGCUAAAACAAAUUAAACAAUAAGUUUUCUGUGUGUGUCGUCCCAAUAACAGCAGCAAGAUAACCAAGUUUAAUAUACGUCUAGAUAACAUCAUGUCGAAAAAUAAAAAAUUGUCGCUAUCGAGCGACUCGACAGAGAAAUUUAUCUACAAGCCUAAGGAUUUAAUUUGGGCUAAAAUGAAGGGAUUCACACCUUGGCCAGGCAUGAUUGUCGAGCCACCGCUGGAUCUGCUCAGUCAACAGCGACGUGCAAACACCAAAUGUGUUUUCUUCUUUGGCUCUCGCAAUUUCGCAUGGAUUGAAGAGCACAAUAUUAAACCGUUCGAGGGACCAUGGAAGGACGAACUAGCCAAAGUGAGCAAACCGGCCGCUUUUCGCCAUGCGAUGGCCGAUAUUGACAAAUAUGUGGACAAUCCCACGGAGAUUGAUGGCCAAAUCGAUGUCAGUUGCGGCAUGGGCAACCAUGCCACCGAGGCGGACUUUGACAAGAUUCGCGAUGGCCUCGACAGCGAUGAGAAUCCCGAUGCAGCAGCGGUGGCUUCCGAUACCAACAACGGCGUUGUACCGCAUGUAGUUGGCAGCCCAGAUGAUGAGUCCGAAGUACCGCCUUUAGCCAGCGAGAACAUUGCGAAUGCCGUCGCCGGUGCAACGUCUCCAGUUGUGUCGACAACGCCAACGGCCAAGAGUCAAGUGAAACGCACACCGAAAGCCAAAUCAAGCGCUGCGGUCGCUGUAAGCAGCAAACAGGCAAAUAAGGCAGCAUCAGCGAAAUCGGCCGCAGCUCAAAAGCGCCGCGUCUCCUCGCAUUUGACGCCAACUGGUCCUUUGGGAUCAAGUGGCAAGCGCGGGCGUCGCGUUGCGUCCGGUGAUGUUGAUCAGUAUGAGAGUCCGGGUGGAGAUUACGAUGGCGCCAGCUCAUCAUCGUUGGCAGCUCGUGCGCGUAUAGACACAGAAACCUUUUUGGGCACUUUAACCAAGCGAGCACCAAAUGCAAUUGCAUUGUUGGAUCGACCGGUUGUUACGCGACCGGAGACAAAGACCAUUGACAUGAACUCGCGCUCCAAUACGUUGGCAGAUCGCGACAUUGUGGCAUCGGAUCAGAUAUUUGGUUUUUUGGGACUGGGCAUGAUGGGGUCAACCAUUGUAAAGGAUUUGAUCUACACAGGGCACAAGGUUGUGGUCUGGAACCGCACCAUUGAUAAGUGCCAGCCCUUUGUGGAGGCUGGCGCAGAGGUGAAGGAUACACCCAUGGACGUCGUGGAGGCGGCAGAUAUCAUAUUCUGUUGUGUAUCAGAUCCCAAAGGCGCCAAAGAUCUCGUGUUUGGCAAUUGUGGUGUCCUGCAGCUGAAAGAUUUACGCAAUAAGGCAUAUGUGGAGAUGUCCACCAUUGAUCCGGACACUUCGUUGGACAUAGGAGAGGGCAUCAAGCAAUGUAAUGGCCGCUAUCUAGAGGCUCAAAUCCAUGGCUCUCGACAGGAAGCCGCCGAAGGCAUGCUUAUCAUUUUGGCCGGCGGUGAUCGCUCAGUCUUUGAGGAGUGCCAUUCCUGCUUUAAGACUAUUGCCAAAAAUACAUUUUUCCUGGGCACAGAUGUUGGCAACGCCUGUAAAGUGAACCUCAUUUUGCAGACCAUUCUGGGAGUCAGUUUGGUUGGCUUGGCAGAGGCGUUAGCUUUGGCUGAUCGAUUUUCCAUUUCGUUAAACGACAUCAUAGACAUAUUCGAUUUAACUUCUAUGAAAUCACCACUGCUGCUGGCCAAGGGCAAGGAAAUGGCCAAGGGCGAUUUUAAUCCGCAACAGCCAUUGAGUCAUAUGCAACGCGAUUUGCGGCUUGUGCUCAACAUGGCUGAGAAUUUGGAUCAGUCGAUGCCCGUGACGAGCAUUACAAACGAGGUGUUCAAGCAUACAAAACGUUUGGGUUACAGCGAGCAUGAUUCGAGUGCUGUAUUCGUAAGAUCCAGAUUUUAACAUUUAGUUAACACGACUACCAUUUAAACUAUACUUUAUCAUUUAGUUUAAAACCCGUACACAUAUACUAAACACACCGCCCCAUAACAUAUAUAUAUUUAUAUAUAUUUAUGAAUUCAAACUGACCCACAAAACACAUACCAAUUGAGAAACGUUAAAGGAAAUAUUUACAUAGAUGCAAGCAAAUGAAUCAUAUUUGAGUAAUUGCGAUUUGAAAUUCUACUUCAAAGCUCUUCAUAUCUCUUUCCCAACUUGCUGCAAAUUUUAAACAAUUAAAUAACGCUCGUUAACAUACACAGCAACAACUAGGAUGACUUCAAUGCUAAUUAAAGUCUAAAACUAGGAAUCGAGCCUAUAACGUAGUGGGCAGACGAAUACGUUGGCCUUGGGCUGAAGCUUACGAACGGGAACUUGGCCCCAGGGUUUGAAAAAGCUAUGAAAACAAGACACAACAAAGGUGGAGGAUUUUGAAGAAUAUUGAAGCUCAGAUAGCUAAGGCUCCACAUUGACGUAAAGAUCAAAAAUAAAAAUGCAUGAUGAAGUAUGAUAAUGUGUAUAAGCGGACAGUUGUAUACCUUGUGCGUUAUAAUAUAAAAUUCUGAUGUUAAUUUUAACAUUUAUUAUUAUCAUUAUUAUUGUUUUUGAUUUUGGUACCUAAAAUAUCAGCUGUCGUCGUUGUGCGGGCAA